CGGGAUGAGAAAGUCUUAGUUCAACCAAGCCCAACAGGCCGCGCAACACUGGUGUUUGAAGGUGCAAUGAGCGAUAAAGGGCCGUGGACUGAACUGUCCUUCUUUGCUUCUCCCAGCAAACUUGAUCGUAGGCCACCAUUUCUUUUUGGCCACUCGCCUGUUGUGGACUUUGAGCUGAGCCUCGAUGGCUACAAGUCCUUCGACCAGUCGCCACUGCUGGCAAACCUUGUUUACCGCAUCUUGAAUCAGCAGAAAGAUGUGAAACAACUCAUGGACCUCACUGGUCUCCCGGCUGGGCCGAAAUAUAUCCAAGUGAAGCUCUAUGACUACCAUUUCACGCAUCCCGGCACAUCGUAA